UUUUUUUUUUUUUUUUUUUUUUUUUUGGUAUACCGAUUUUGAGUUUUAAAGAAAACAGCCCAUGACAUGAAAGGCCCCGUUUUGAGUUUUAAUGCCUCACACAGAUUCACCACUCGCAGAUCAAUCAAUGAAUUGAAGAACCAAAGGUCGGCGGCUGUACAAUGAUGGUAUUGAAGAACGAACCGUCAUCCGAUCAUGCGCCGAUGAAAUUGAAGAACGAAUCGUCGUGGCAGAAGUUGAUUAAUUUGUGGCAGACGUUGAUUGAUUCGGGAAUUAGGGCUUAUUCAGUUCUUCGAUUUGUGACAGUGGCAGGUGUUGAUUCGAUUUGUGGCAGUUUGGGCACAGGUUAGAUCUGAUAUCCUCAUUCUUCUUUCAUAAGUUGCUAUAGGGUUAGUAGACGGUUCUUCGAUGUUAGGGUUAGUAGACGGUUGGCGUUAAUUUGUAGCCGAAGGCAUCACUCGGCAUCAGUGAAUUGUAGGAUUGAUUAUUAUCCACUUUAUCUUAAAUUGAUUUUCACUGUAACUAGUUUUUGCAGCAUUAUUUAGUUUCGAAAUAACAAAAAGAACAACUGAAAAUGAAAACUAGAAGUAUGUACAAAGCUGAACGAAUGUCUUUGGAUAGGCUUCCUGAGCCCGUAUUAGAAACCAUCCUAUGUUGUUUACCGACCGAAGACGCAGCAAGGACAAGUAUUCUCUCUAGGGAAUGGAGGUACAAGUGGACCACUAUUCCUAACCUUCGAUUUACUUUGCGUAAUAGAACUUUGGAGCCAACAUCUGACAAUUCAAGUGCAAAGAAAUACAUGAACAUAUAUGAUGUAUACCGAGUUUUGUUGCUGCGCCAGGGUCCUAUACACGAGUUCACCAUUGUUAUGGAUGAUUACUGGCAACGUUAUAACUAUUUUGAAUUUUAUCAGAUAAUACUUCAUUUGUCGAGAAAACAUACUAUCAAGAAACUAACACUUGAUGGACAUGAUGACUUAGAGUUCAUUUGGUAUAAGUUACCCGAAUCUGUUUUUACAUUGCAUCACUUAACGGACCUCUGUCUUUCUACUUUUGAGAUUGACCAUCCAUCAAUAUUCAAAGGUUUCGGUAGCCUUCAACGUUUAGACCUGAGUUAUGUAAAGAUCUCUACAAAAACUCUUCUACAUCUUUUAUCCAAUUGUCCAUCACUUAAGAACUUGAGUCUGGUAAGUACCCACUUGAACAUUUGGGAACCAGGUGAUAAAUGCACUAUGAAUGAGCUACUCAAGUGUUUACCUGUGAUUGAAGAUCUUACUAUGUCUGGUGAUGUCUCUGAGUGGCUAGUUCUAGACUCGGUUCCAAAAGAGCUUCCAACCUCACUAAUCCACCUCAAAUACUUAUGUUUGAAUCAAAUGUGUCUUGUUGGGCGCCACGGAUCAGCUUUUCUUCUUUGUUUGAUCAAAUGUUCCCCGAACUUGGAGCAUGCGCACCUAGAGAUGGAGUGGGGUCUAGACUUUUCGGCUGUAAAGGAUGAAUAUUCAGAUGUUUGGUUGGAGCAUCUGAAUGAAUUAGAUGUCUGUUUUGGCAGCAACGAGCUUCAGACGGAGUUUGUAAAGUUUAUAUUGGCUAGGUCACCUAAGCUGAAGACGGUGAGCAUACUCACUGUGGUUGAUCGGAAGCAAGACUCUAAGAUGUUAAAAACACUCUUACGGGCCCCGCGUGCGUCCCCUGGAGUAAACAUUUACACUUGGAAGUGAAAAUUGCUUCAAGACCUUUAUAUCACUCACUCUUUUAAUUUUCUUGAGAAGUAAUGUUAAGAAUUAUGAUGAUAAUCUAAAGUUUGUAUGGCUACUUUGCUAGUUAUCAGUUAUUUGAGAUUUGUGACUUGUUUUUAGUUA